GAAACACUUCAGAGCUGCCUCGAACGUGGCGCUUCUCUGCGUGCCUCCGCUUGUGACGUUGUCGAAAGAUUAGGAAAUCCGGCGCCAGCUUCUCGAAGUGGAAGAACACAAUCUCACGGGUAGAAUCCAAAUUAUUGAAGAUAUGUUUGAAGACGGCUCUGGUGUACGAACUAGAGGGAUUUGUGAUGGGGAGGGCGUUUGUGUCCGAUACUCCAAUGGCAUUUCAGCGUCAGAUGGAAAUGAGAUUCUCGAUGGGCAGAUCCUUAAUAUCAAAAGGCACAUACGAAUAUGGGGUCGACUUGUCCAUCGAAAUAUAGAGGCUUUUCGUGGGUGGGCUUUGAACGUGGAAGGACACAAACUUCGUGUUGGCUUCAUCUCAAGCUGGCGAGAGAGCGUGACUGUGAGGCGUUAUCUGCAGCAGAACCCAAGUGCAGAUCGGUGUGAAUUGGUGCGCGGCGUUGCACAAAGCCUUCUUUAUUUGCACUCGGAGGGGGUCGUACAUGCAAAUAUUCACCCAGACAACGUUAUGACUGGUAACGAAGGGGAUUCAUAUUUGCGUGGCUUCGACUUCUCGUACGAUCAUCGGUCCGAGGAGUCUCUAUACGGCUAUCGUGGCGGCUUACAACUCCAAUUCACGCCCCCAGAGUUCCUGAAUCGCCACACACCAAUACCCACAGAAUCGAGCGACAUAUGGGCAUUCGGAUGCAUUUCCGCCAGCCCCAUCAUUCCCUACCAUUUGAAUGAUGUAGACCCUUUCGAAGGGGCGAUCAUUGGGUGUUUCCUCCCUCAGGAUCAACGACCAAGAAUUAUAGACAUCAUAAGGGCCUGGUCUCAACAUCUUUCUCUACCUAUCCCUACACCCGCUCCUCGUAAUAACGACAAUCCCACACAUUCAUAUGUUCAAUCCCAGGCAGAUACCUCAAGGGAGUUCCGCCACUCCACCAAACACUCGGUGUGCCUCGCAUGUAGACUUCGCAAAAAAAGAUGUGCUGGAUUCACAGAUCCUUGCUCCGAGUGUGUAAGAUUAUGACUUGAAUGUCUGCGUCAUGGAAUCAGCAGAUCU